AUGGAGAAGCUCAAGGCUGAGACUGCCAAGUCUACCUUUGAGAAGACUGAUGAGGAGGUAGAAGUGGCCAUCGGCAAUACUCAGCUUGAGCCGGAUUUCGCCGACAAUACGAAUGAGGAGUAUAGCUAUGAAUCGGAUCGGUCACCAUUUCCAGAAGUCAGGGCUGUCGUCCCCGAGACGGAUGACCCCAGCAUGCCCGUCAGUACUGUGCGCAUGUGGGUGCUGGGCAUUGUAUUCACCAUCCUGGGCUCCGGCAUAAACCAGUUCUUCUCCCUGAGAUAUCCAUCGGUCCACAUUGUAGCGCUCGUCGCAGAGCUACUCGCAUAUCCCCUGGGCGUCUUCCUCGCAAAGACACUCCCACUUUCCACCAUUAGCCUGGGUCGUCUGGGCUCCUUCACGAUUAAUCCAGAUCGCAAAUUCAACAUCAAAGAACAUGCGCUUAUCGUGAUCAUGAGCAAUGUCUCGUUUGGCUUUGCUACUGCCGACGCGACCAACAUCAUUCAAGCUGCGAGCAAGUCUUUCUAUAACUUCCAACUGAAGCCCGGCUUCUACGUGAUGAUCGUGUUGUGCGCCCAGCUUCUGGGAUUCGGAGUGGCUGGACUGUCAGCGCCUUGGCUAGUUGAACCAGCACGGAUUAUCUGGCCAGGUGUGCUCUCCAACUGUGCUAUGCUAGAAACACUUCAUUCUCGAGCUAAUACAAUUGCCAAUGGUUGGCGAAUCUCCCGUCUGCGCUUCUUUCUUUACGUUAUGGGCGGUGCAUUCGUCUGGUAUUGGUUCCCGGGUCUGAUUUUCACCGCGCUCUCAUACUUCACCUGGGUCUGCUGGAUUGCGCCGAAGAAUAUCGUCGUCAAUCAGCUAUUCGGUAUGCAAACCGGACUCGGCCUAAGUCCAAUUACCUUCGACUGGAGUCAAGUUGCGUAUAACACCAAUCCGCUACUAUCGCCAUCAUGGGCAGCAAUCAACGUCUUCUUCGGUUUCGCGUUCUUCUUCUGGAUCAUCACCCCGAUUCUCUACUACACAAACACCUGGUUCACGGCGUAUCUGCCUAUGAUGACGAGUGAUGUGUACGACAAUACAGGCGCUGUCUACGACACGUCCCGUGUCGUGGGAGCAGACAAUACUCUCAACGUCGCAGCAUAUCGCAAGUAUUCACCCCCAUUUCUGGGUGCAACGUUUGCAUUCGUUUAUGGCCUUUCUUUUGCUUCCAUUACCUCCGUACUCUCGCACAUUGGCAUCUGGCAUGCACGCGACCUAUGGGCCGCCAUGAAAGGUCGCAACAAGCUUGACAUCCACGCUCGCCUUAUCCGUGCUUCGUACCGCAAGACACCCUGGUACUGGUACGCCACCAUCAUUGUGAUCAUCAUGGCCAUGGCUAUUGCCAUGGUAGAAAUCUACGAGACUAAGCUUCCCGUGUACGGUGUGUUCUUGGGACUAAUCAUCCCAGCUAUUUACAUGGUCCCUUGCGGAAUCGUCCAGGGUAUUACGAACGUUGAUGCGAAUCAACUCAAUGUGCUCGCUGAGUUCAUCGGUGGAUACAUGUUCGAAGGCAAACCGCUCGCAAACAUGAUCUUCAAGAUAUUGUCCACGGAUGUCGUCGGCCAGGGCGUGUAUUUCGCCAUGGACAUGAAACUCGCGCAUUAUCUGAAAGUACCCCCGCGGACUACUUUCGUCGCGCAGGGCAUUGCGACGAUCCUGGGUGCACUCACGCAGGCGGGUGUGACGAUCUGGAUGUUGGGCAAUAUCGAUGGGAUCUGCGAGUCGGACCAAGCGGAUGGAUUUUCUUGUCCCAAUGGCCGGACUGUAUACUCGUCGUCCGUGAUUUGGGGUCUUGUUGGACCGCGCAGACUCUACUCGGCCGGCGAGAUAUACUCUCCGCUGCUUCACUUCUUCUGGAUCGGAGCCAUUGCGCCUUUCGUGACGUGGGCGUUGUAUCGCUAUACCAGGAAGCGCUUCUGGAAAUUGAUCAAUUGGCCUUUGAUUUUUGUAGGCACAUACAAUGUCCCUCCUGCAACCGGUAUCAAUUAUUCCAGCUGGGCGUUAGUCAACUUCGUCUUCAAUCACAUCCUGAAACGUCGCUUCUUCGCCUGGUGGACCAAGUACAAUUAUAUCCUGGCUGCCGCUCUAGAUACAGGUCUUGCGCUUAGUGGCAUUGUCAUUUUCUUCUGCAUCUCUUAUCCUGGGGCUUCUUUCCCGGAUUGGUGGGGGAACAAUGUUUACUUGAACACUGCCGAUGGCCAGGGUUUGGCAUAUAAGGCUAUGCCGGAGGUAGGAUACUUUGGGCCUGCUAAUGGAACAUGGACCUAA